ACUGCAAUGAUCAACUAUCUACAGUGGUUCUCCUGGCGAACUGAUAGUACCUGAAACAUUAAGUCAUCCGGGGACUUUUCACAUAGGCUACUGUUGAAUAAAUACCAAGUAUUCGGACACACUACCCGUUCUCGCGUACUGCUUUCGCGUACUGUAUAGCAUGGAAGUGUUAUUUCGGUCGGACUCAAAGUGUCCAGUUAUCCGGAACUAUCCACGUAUGUGUUUGACGUUGCGAAUAGCCUACCUUCUGUUUUUUUUGGGGACUUGAAGACUGAAGGGGGGCAUUCCUGAGGCCAAAUAUAGGCAAAACUCAUACAUUGCACAAUUUAGAAUUUAUUGUUUAGAACCCAUACCAGUCCGGACCAACCAUGGACAUGGAACAAAUAUAUGAAUAUAUAGGGUAGGAAUAUGAGAAUGACUGCAACAUUGUAAAAACAUCAUGAAUACAAUCUCACUUAAGGAACAUGUAACAUAUGCUAUUGGUGCAUGUGUGCUGCUGUGGAUCUUUGUAUGGCUGUACCAGGACAGUCUGAAGAUUGACAGGAUCUGUGAGAAGUACGUGUUUGUCACCGGCUGUGACUCCGGCUUCGGUCACCUAUUGUGCAGGAAGCUGGACAAACAUGGUUUUCGUGUCCUGGCUGGCUGUCUUACAGAAACGGGGGCCGAUGACCUGAAGCGGGUCACGGGCCCCUAUCUGAAGACUUGCAUACUGGAUGUGACCAGCACUGCAAGCAUUCAGAAAGCUUUGGAAUGGACACAGGAGGAGGUUGGAGAUAAAGGACUAUGGGGCAUAGUGAACAAUGCGGGCCGAUCUCUACCCAUGGGUCCCUCUGAGUGGAUGCGCAUAGAGGACUUCCAGAGCACUCUGAGGACAAACUUGAUUGGUGUGAUUGAGACAACCAUGAACUUCCUGCCCAUUGUCAAAAAGGCCCGCGGCCGAAUCGUCAACAUAGCGUCUGUGCUGGGCAGGGUUGGAGUGAACGGAGGCGGCUACUGCAUCUCCAAGUCUGGGGUGGAAUCCUUCUCUGACUGCCUUAGAAGGGAUAUUCAGUGUUUUGGGAUUAAAGUUUGUAUAAUUGAACCUGGAUUCUUCAAGACACAGAUGACAAGCCUGCAACCACUUGAAAAGGAGCUUCACCGCCUUUGGCAACAGCUGACUCCAGAAGUAAAGGAUAGUUAUGGAGAAAAAUAUCUGGAGAAGUAUAUCAAGAUACAGAGAGUUAUUAUGAAUGCUAUUUGUGACAGUGAUUUGAGCAGAGUGACCAACUGCAUGGAGCAUGCUUUGACAGCUGCUCAUCCAAGGACCCGGUACAGUCCUGGCUGGGAUGCCAAGCUGCUCUGGAUCCCGCUUUCCUACAUGCCAUCCUGUGUUGUUGACGUUGGGCUAAGGCUUGUGAUGCCCCGUCCAGCGAAGAGCAUAUAGAUUUAUAUUUCUGUUAAUUUUGACCCUAACUCUUUAUAGUGUAGCUGGGGUAAUUUAGGGGUGUUUGGAAGUACCCCACCCAAAGUGACUAUUAUGUUGUACUUUUAAGUCAUACCUUUGUGUUUAAGUGACACAAAGUAGCUGAAGUAACCUACUUCGUGGCUUGAUGGGUGCAAUUGCAAAAUGUUCGUCCUGAUGGUGCAUUCUUACAGCUUUGCAUUUUAAUAGACUUAAUCGGUUUAGCUGACAGUAAGCCAGAAAUGUUCGCUCAUAUGUGCCAUUUACAGCUACCUUUAUCCCUUGUUACCGAAAUAAAAUUUCUUGACAGCUGACUAUUAAUGUCAAAUAAAAGUGUUAUAAUGGGA